UCACAGCGUGAACAGGCCCUAUACCGAAGCUGCCGAUGGAAGAAAGCAAUGUCAUAGCUGCAGCACAACAGAGGUACAUUUUUUUUGAGAAUUUCAGAACAUUCCAAAUAGAAAGGUUUAAAUUUAUUAUUGAACUUGCAGUUGUGUAAUUGUUUGUGGAGUUUUGAUUAGUCUAAAAUAACACCGCUGAUACUAGAGUAUGUUGCACAAAAUGGUACACGCUCAAUUGCUCUGGACAGACUAUUGAAAAUACUAACUCCUUAUAUUAAAGGAAUUAGAACAAAGUCAUUGAUUUCGACUAGUAUCUUGGAAGGUGUAACAUCCAUUAGUUUAUCUUUUUAUCCUUCUUCUGAGCACCCCCCAAAAUUGCAGCUAACUUCCUUCUAAAAUAUUUUAUAUCUUCCUGCAAAAUUCAUAAAGGUAUUUGUUAGAUAGAAACAAUCAAUUGAGGACUUGUAAAGAAGAUGCAAAAAUAUUUAGUGCAUCUUACAUGCGUGUAUUCCUUCGACAACCUAUUGCCUUGCCAGUGCUCCAUGUUUUUUAGUACAAAGAGCCCACAUGAGACGCUGGAAGAAUUGAAUUAUAUUAGAGAAGUGAUAACAUACAUUUAGGUAGUGAAAAAAACUAUUAUUGUAGUGGCUGCAUAACAUACAGAUCUCCUUGUAAUGGCAAAUUCUGUAUGACCGUGACUUCCCAGGAAGUAAUAUGAUGGUCAGGCCAUUGUGUUGCUAUGUGCUUUUCUUCUGGUUCCAACAGCUGAAAAUAUUGUUGUAAUCCUUCUAGCUGUUUUGUGAGAAAACGUCAUUACUGCGGUAUGUUCAUGUCCUUUUUGGUUUAUUUCUAAGUAGAAUACUUACAACUUUUCUUAGUUCCUUGCGUUGUGUGGAUGAAUUCGCCAUGGAGUCAAGCACUUGGAUGAUGCGGCGUUUGGCGUGUAUGACUGCCAGCUAGCUAGCUGCAUCACGUUGAUCGGCGGCGAGACAAGCUAGCUAGCUAUACUCUCUUCUUGUUGUUGUUACCAAUACCAUACCAACACAAGAGAAGAGAGAAACAUAGCAGAGCAGGGGAGCUAGGUGUUCGAUCAUGGCGUCGAAGGGCAUCCUCAAGAACGGCGGUAAGCCGCCGACGGCGCCAUCGUCGGCGGCGCCCACGGUGGUGUUCGGUCGGCGGACGGACUCGGGGCGAUUCAUCAGCUACUCCCGCGACGACCUUGACUCGGAGAUCAGCAGCGUGGACUUCCAGGACUACCACGUCCACAUCCCCAUGACGCCGGACAACCAGCCCAUGGACCCUGCCGCCGGCGACGAGCAGCAGUACGUGUCCAGCUCGCUCUUCACCGGCGGGUUCAACAGCGUGACACGCGCGCACGUGAUGGAGAAGCAGGCGUCGUCGGCGAGGGCGACGGUGUCGGCGUGCAUGGUGCAGGGGUGCGGGUCCAAGAUCAUGCGCAACGGGCGCGGCGCCGACAUCCUCCCCUGCGAGUGCGACUUCAAGAUCUGCGUGGACUGCUUCACCGACGCCGUCAAGGGCGGCGGCGGCGUGUGCCCGGGGUGCAAGGAGCCGUACAAGCACGCGGAGUGGGAGGAGGUGGUGUCGGCGUCCAACCACGACGCCAUCAACAGGGCGCUGUCGCUGCCGCACGGGCACGGGCAUGGCCCCAAGAUGGAGAGGCGGCUGUCGCUGGUGAAGCAGAACGGGGGGGCGCCCGGCGAGUUCGACCACAACCGCUGGCUCUUCGAGACCAAGGGCACCUACGGCUACGGCAACGCAAUCUGGCCCGAGGACGACGGCGUGGCGGGGCACCCCAAGGAGCUGAUGAGCAAGCCAUGGCGGCCGCUGACCCGCAAGCUCCGGAUCCAGGCGGCGGUGAUCAGCCCGUACAGGCUGCUGGUCCUGAUCCGGCUGGUGGCGCUGGGGUUGUUCCUGAUGUGGCGCAUCAAGCACCAGAACGAGGACGCCAUCUGGCUGUGGGGGAUGUCCAUCGUGUGCGAGCUGUGGUUCGCCUUGUCGUGGGUGCUGGACCAGCUGCCCAAGCUGUGCCCCAUCAACCGCGCCACCGACCUGAGCGUGCUCAAGGACAAGUUCGAGACGCCCACGCCGAGCAACCCCACCGGCAAGUCCGACCUCCCCGGGAUCGACAUCUUCGUCUCCACCGCCGACCCGGAGAAGGAGCCCGUGCUGGUGACGGCCAACACCAUCCUCUCCAUCCUGGCCGCCGACUACCCCGUCGACAAGUUGGCGUGCUACGUGUCCGACGACGGCGGGGCGCUGCUGACGUUCGAGGCCAUGGCGGAGGCGGCGAGCUUCGCCAACCUGUGGGUGCCAUUCUGCCGGAAGCACGAGAUCGAGCCGAGGAACCCCGACAGCUACUUCAACCUCAAGAGGGACCCGUUCAAGAACAAGGUGAAGGGCGACUUCGUCAAGGACAGGCGGCGGGUGAAGCGGGAGUACGACGAGUUCAAGGUCCGCGUCAAUGGCCUCCCCGACGCCAUCCGCCGCCGCUCCGACGCGUACCACGCCCGCGAGGAGAUCCAGGCCAUGAACCUGCAGCGGGAGAAGAUGAAGGCCGGCGGCGACGAGCAGCAGCUGGAGCCGAUAAAGAUCCCCAAGGCGACGUGGAUGGCGGACGGCACGCACUGGCCGGGGACGUGGCUGCAGGCGUCGCCGGAGCACGCGAGGGGCGACCACGCGGGGAUCAUACAGGUGAUGCUAAAGCCUCCCAGUCCCAGUCCCAGCAGCAGCGGCGGCGACAUGGAAAAGAGGGUGGAUUUGUCGGGCGUGGACACCCGGCUGCCGAUGCUGGUGUACGUGUCGCGGGAGAAGCGGCCGGGGUACGACCACAACAAGAAGGCGGGCGCCAUGAACGCGCUGGUGCGGGCGUCGGCGAUCAUGUCCAACGGGCCGUUCAUCCUCAACCUGGACUGCGACCACUACGUGUACAACUCCAAGGCGUUCCGGGAGGGGAUGUGCUUCAUGAUGGACCGCGGCGGCGACCGCCUCUGCUACGUCCAGUUCCCGCAGCGCUUCGAGGGCAUCGACCCCUCCGACCGCUACGCCAACCACAACACCGUCUUCUUCGACGUCAACAUGCGCGCCCUCGAUGGCCUCCAGGGCCCCGUCUAUGUCGGAACUGGCUGCCUCUUCCGCCGCAUCGCGCUCUACGGCUUCGACCCGCCCAGGUCCAAGGACCACACCACCCCGUGGUCCUGCUGCCUGCCACGUCGCCGCCGAACAAGAUCCCAGCCCCAGCCCCAGGAGGAGGAGGAGGAGACGAUGGCCCUCCGCAUGGACAUGGACGGCGCGAUGAACAUGGCGAGCUUCCCCAAGAAGUUCGGCAACUCGAGCUUCCUGAUCGACUCCAUCCCGGUGGCGGAGUUCCAGGGACGGCCGCUGGCGGACCACCCGUCGGUGAAGAACGGGCGGCCGCCGGGGGCGCUGACGAUCCCGCGGGAGACGCUGGACGCGUCGAUCGUGGCGGAGGCGAUCAGCGUGGUGUCGUGCUGGUACGAGGAGAAGACGGAGUGGGGGACGAGGGUGGGUUGGAUAUACGGGUCGGUGACGGAGGACGUGGUCACCGGCUACCGCAUGCACAACCGGGGGUGGAAGUCCGUCUACUGCGUCACCCACCGCGACGCCUUCCGCGGCACCGCCCCCAUCAACCUCACCGACCGCCUCCACCAGGUCCUCCGAUGGGCCACUGGCUCCGUCGAGAUCUUCUUCUCACGCAACAACGCACUCUUCGCUUCCUCAAAGAUGAAGGUUCUCCAGCGCAUCGCUUACCUCAACGUUGGCAUCUACCCCUUCACCUCCGUCUUCCUCAUCGUCUACUGCUUCCUCCCGGCGCUCUCCCUCUUCUCGGGGCAGUUCAUCGUGCAGACGCUCAACGUCACCUUCCUCACCUACCUGCUCAUCAUCACCAUCACGCUCUGCCUCCUGGCCAUGCUGGAGAUCAAGUGGUCCGGCAUCGCGCUGGAGGAGUGGUGGCGGAACGAGCAGUUCUGGCUCAUCGGCGGAACCAGCGCCCACCUCGCCGCCGUCCUGCAGGGCCUUCUCAAGGUCAUCGCCGGCAUCGAGAUCUCCUUCACCCUCACCUCCAAGCAGCUCGGCGACGACGUCGACGACGAGUUCGCCGAGCUCUACGCGGUCAAGUGGACGUCCCUCAUGAUACCGCCGCUCACCAUCAUAAUGAUCAACCUCGUCGCCAUCGCCGUCGGCUUCAGCCGCACCAUCUACAGCACCAUCCCGCAGUGGAGCAAGCUUCUCGGUGGAGUCUUCUUCAGCUUCUGGGUCCUCGCGCAUCUCUACCCCUUCGCCAAGGGCCUCAUGGGCAGGAGGGGAAGGACACCCACCAUCGUCUACGUCUGGUCUGGCCUCGUCGCCAUCACCAUCUCCUUGCUCUGGAUUGCAAUCAAGCCUCCUUCUGCACAAGCCAACUCACAGCUAGGAGGAUCCUUCUCUUUCCCCUGAUAUACAUAUAUUCUCAUUCCACACACCCAAUCCAGACUACCUGUCUCUCUGCUAUCUGCUUGCUUAGGAUUCAUUCAUAUGCUAGCUGGUCGAUCGAGCUACCGCAGCCUAGGGAACAUGAUCAUAUCACCCACAGUCUGUUUGCUUCAUGGAGCAAACUGCACUUCACCCCAGUCCAGAUCUGCUUCUUCACAGUGAGUGAGAUCACUAUUUUUGCUUGUUUGUGAUUUUUUUUUCUAAAAUUGUUUAGAGCUCAUUGUCAUUUGAAUGGCAUUCCUAGAAAAGGGAGAAAGAAAAGACACUUGACAUCAACACAGGUGUAAUACAUUGUUACUAGAGAAUCGGCAAUAUAAUGUUACUAGAGUAUCCAAGCUCGGAACUUGGAACCUGUUCCUAUUAA